UAGUCAAAGAGGUGUAGGAUAGAAACAUAUUAUUCAUCACGUCACGGACAGUUCCUUUACACAUUUAAAACGAACAACGCCAUAUCAGAAGUCAUUUUUUUUUGGACUACCGGUUCUAUCUGCACUACAUAUUUUCAGUCCCAAUUUGCAAGCAGCAAUUUGCCAUUACGUUUUAGAAUAGCGUAGAUUUAUAUCAAACAGUUUAUGACGAGAAUACCAAACGAUGCGGCAAAUUAAUCCAAACUGAUCAUCGGUUGGAUAUUUUGAAACGAGAUUUUAUUCGAAUCUUUUCGUCAACUGCGAUCCUUGAUAUUUUAGGUCAACUGAGGUACAAGAUGUUUAAACCAAGUUUGUCUAUCGGUGCCAGCCGAUAUUCUUCAUUCUUUAUUGAAUUGCCAGUGAUCGAGGCGUAUUUUGAUUAAUCGAUAUAGGUCAUACUUGUUAAAUAAUUUCAACAAUUUUUAUAAUGGCAAAUAAGAUUAUUUUUAAUUAAUAUUAUUCAAAAAUGAUUGUAGUACUCUUACAUAUAAUUUCUUCGUCUCUACAUAUCACUCUACAUAUAAUAUCUUACUAAAUAGAAAAAAAUGAAAUAAUUGUCCUACGCUGUUUUAUGAAUGCAUUUAUUAAAAACAAUUAUCAUUCUUCAAAAUGAUUAAUAAUUAGCAAUUAGAGAAUUGAUAACGAAACUAUCUUGAAAAAUAAAAGAAGACAUUUCUUUAAAUUAAAAUAAUUAUCACUGUUAUUAAUUGAUAUAUGAAUUAUAAAAUUUUUAUUUUGUAGCACAUGUGAAGGUUAUUUUCUGCGACAGUGGUUUUAGGUUUAAUUCAAAACAGUACUAAACUGAAUUGAUAACGUCGCAUGCGAACACGAUGUGGGGGUCAUGGAGGGUCACGUCUACUUUUCUCCUCUAUAUCCCUUCGGUGAUUUUACCUAGUUUUGCUGUUAUUCUACCAUUUAAACAAAAUAAAACAUAAAAAAUUAAACAAAAAAUUUAAAUAGAAAUUUAAAUUAAACGUUUUGAAUACUAUUUUAUUAGGUAUAAAAUAAUAUCUUUUCAAAAUUAAUGAUCUUUUUAAUUAACUACACCUUUGUCAAGAAAAUCUAACCUAUUAUAACGUAAAAUUUACAAUUCUUUAUAAAUAAAAAUGAAAAUAAGACAAAAUAUCUAUUUCGAUGGUCCGGGAGUGGAAACGUUACAUUACCCUUAUAUCAGUCAAGUGAAUGUCAUUUUGACAAAUAUAAAGUUAUUUCAUCGUAUCAAGCGAUUAAAAACAAAUUUCGUCCCUGGCAAUACUUAAUAUAGUGCUCGGUAUAGUUUUUGACGUAUAAUUGUGUGACACAUAAAGAUUUUAUUUUUCAUUGAAUAUUUAUUUGUUAAAUAAAAAUCAUAUCAUAUAUAAAUAACCAGUUAGACAGUAUCUAAAAAUGAGUGAACAGAGUGAAUCUACAAAAAAGUUCAAGAUUUAUUUUGUUACAUCAAAGACGAAAAAGUCUAAAAUAUGUAGUGAAAAUAUGAUGCGUGCGUACGAUAAAUGCCUUGAAUAUGAUAUGGAACCAAUAUGGGUCAGUAAAAGAAAUUCUACUAAAUUGAAACUUACGACAUCUGAUAUCCUUGUGGUGGAAAAUCAUGAACAAAUUCCAUUGAAAAAAUUAAUAACAGCUGAAUGUUACAUAAUUGAACCAGAAUAUUUGCCAUUUUUUCUUAGUGCAACACCAGGUAGAAGAGGUCUAAUGCAUACAACAGUCAUGGCAAAUCUUUGUAUAUGUACAUGUUCUCAUUUAUGUUUAGAAGAUAAGAGAUACAUACAAGCAUUAGUGGCAAAGAUGAGUGGAAAUUUUGCAAUAAAGUUAUAUGAUAAAGUAACACAUCUUGUAACAUCAUCUGUUUUCUCUGCUGAAUAUGAGAAGGCGAUACAUAUGAAAAUACCAAUAGUUACAAAAGAAUGGGUUGAAGCAAUAUGGGAAGCGAGUAAGACAGAUUAUGUUGAUCCAGAUGACAAGAGGUUUGAUAAAUAUAAAGUUCCUAUGUUCUAUAAUUUAGUUGUAACAGCAACAAAUAUUCAGGAAUGUGAAAAGGAAGACAUUUCACGUUUAAUUAGAAAUAAUGGAGGAGUGUAUAUGAAUAAUUUGAAUGUAGACAGAGUUAAUGUAGUACUUACACCAGAAGAUAGUCCAAUAAAUCAGAAGCUCAAACAUGCAAGAGAAGCAGAUAUUAUUUGUUUAACACUAAAUUGGCUAUAUCAAAGUAUAGAAGUCGGCCAUGCUUUGCCUUUUAGGUACUAUAUAUUUCAAACAGUAAAACAAUGUUAUUCUUCAAGAAGAUCAAAUGUACGUGAAACUUGUAGUUAUUCUACAACAAGUUUCAUAACAUAUGACAAACAGCGCAGCAAUUAUAUAGAUGAAACCGCAUUUAAAAUCUCAACAAUGAGCAAUGUUUCUACUGUUACUACAGUUUUGGCUAGACCUAUAUUUAAUGAAGCAGAAGCGGCUGGUCCAUUUUUAUUUGGUUGCAUUAUUUACCUAGCUGGAUUUACUUCUUAUCAAAGGGAUAAACUUAACAGAAUAUUGCAUGUAGGUAGUGCAAUGCGAUUUGAUUAUAUAUGUGACAUUAUAACACACGUUAUUGUCGGGGACGAAGAUAGCGCAGCUAGUGAACUAAAAUUAUUGAAAUCAAGAGGAUUAUGUCCAUAUAUAUUGAAACUGGAGUGGUUGGAAGAGAGUAUUAGAUUAAAACGGACCGCACCAGUAGAAUAUUUCUUAUACAAACAAGAAGAUAGUGCAAUCCAAAAGAAUUUACAAUUGCUGCAAGAAAGGAUGCCAGAACAAAGAGAAGAAUCAUUUAAUCUCGGUCAACAGGAGCUACAAAAUACGAUCGCUUCAGCAACUGAUGAAAAGGUGCAAGAAUAUGUAGAGCCGUAUAUACCUGUUUUGUCUCAAACGCCAGAAAGUCUUGAGUAUUCAGUGCUACCUGGAACAGAUAAUAGUGGUAUUAUUAAUAAUAGACUAUUUGAAGGUCUGACAUUUGUCGUAUCUGCCUUCUGUAACACGUAUAAUAAUGUGGUUGAAAGUAUAGUAGCAAUGAAUGGAAGAAUAGUUCCAGGUACGUUCGUUACGAUUCCAGAUUAUGGUAUUGUGCCAAAAUGUGGUAUGCCUUUAAAUUGUACAGUGAAAGAAAUUGUUACCGAUUUGUUUAUUGAAGACUGUGUAAAUCAGGAUCGAAUAGUUGAAAUUAUGUAUUAUCAUAGACCUGUAUCUGUAGCAAAGCAUGUAUUAGUAGGUUGUGUUCUUACAAUCAGCACAUAUGUAAGAGUUGAACGAUCGUAUCUUGUAACAUUAGCUAUGGAAUUGGGUGCAAUAUACCAAAAUGUUUUCGCUCGUGAAAUAAUUAUUGACAGAGAUCUAUAUAAAAACACACAUUUAAUUUGUCCAAUACCAAAGGGGAGGAAGUAUGACGCUGCAGUAAAGUGGAAAAUACCAGUUGUUACCGCAGAAUGGUUAAAAGUCUGUGCGGCUCAAUCAACAUGGGUUGACGAAACGCCAUUUCUUGUCGUGGAAAGUUUAGGCCCAGAAAGACCGAUGGAAUUCGACUUAAGUUUACCUCAAACUAUCACAAAUCAAAUAGUUCUUUCUACUGAACCAGUAGCCAGUAGUUCAAGAAGCCACAACAUUAUUGUUCCAGAAGAAUAUUUUCCAAAUUUACAAAUUCAAAAUAAUAAUUUCGAUGACAUGUUGUUACUAAAUAAUGAACUCAGCUUACCUAUGAACACAACUUCUAAACCAUCAGAAACACUAUGUAGUCAAGUGUUUGAACCCAUCCCUUCACUAGAGACAGAAAGAUCUCGGUUGGAAGAGAUUAGUUAUUCCUCAAAUUUAAUAAAAGCAGAACCUCCUUUGAGUAGGCCAUUUACUAGAGUUCUCUCAAUAGUUACAAAAAACUGGCAGGAAAAAAGUGAAAAGUUACCAGAGAAUUAUAAUGCAGACGAGACAUUAUCUGCAGUAGCAAACGGUGGUUUCAACUGGUAGAAAUUAGAAGACACAGAUGACAAUGGUAAAACUGACAAAUGGAAUUAAUAUGUAAGUUAAAAGAAAGUUUUAGAUAAGCAAAGUAUGUGAAAUAUGCAAAUAUUCAUAAAGACCUAAGAACAGUAAUUGACUGUACUUCCAAAAUUAUUAUAAUAGUAUCAUUGUAUUUAUAUACAAAUGAAGAUUAUACAUCAUACAAUUAAUUGUUUCUAUAUUCAAUAUAUAAAAAUUAUUAGCUUCUAUAAUACUAAAAGCAGUAGUAAGUUAAUUAUUGCACCUCCAAUUUAAUUGUAAAAUCAAAAGAAGUACUGGCUCUAUAUUUUGAAACACGAUCGAAAAAAUAAACGUUUUACUAUAACUGUAUUUGAAUAGGAAUUUGUGGUAUAAUUUAGGAAGUACGAUGGAGGUACACACUGACUAUGUUUUUUCUUAUGAAAGUGUUUUUUAUGCACAAUAAAGAUUCUACAUCUCUAAUAGAA